GGAUGUGUUGGCUCGUCCCCGGUGCAGCGGUUAAUCGCUGCGCUGCCGGCGUGGGACCCGGAAGGUGAAGCCAGCGGAACCCGGCGCCGGAUCAGGUCGCGAUCGAGACCCGGGCAGAUGGAGAGGCACCGGGCGCGCGCUCUCGGCCGGGACAGCAAGGCCCCGCGUCGGAAGGGCCUGUCGCCCGCGCCGCCCGCAGGCCCCUACGAGCUCGGGGAGAAGCGCCCCAAGUUGCAUUUAAAUAUUAGGACACUGACAGAUGAUAUGCUGGACAAAUUUGCCAGCAUAAGAAUUCCAGGGAGCAAGAAAGAGCGACCCCCUCUUCCCAAUCUGAAGACUGCGUCUGGAAGCAGCGAUCGCUCAUCAGUGUCUUCUGAGACAAUGGAAAACAUUCCAAAGCCGCUGUCUGAGAACGAAGUCUUAAAACUUUUUGAGAAGAUGAUGGAAGAUAUGAAUUUAAAUGAAGAUAAAAAGGCACCAUUGCGGGAAAAGGACUUCAGUAUCAAAAAAGAAAUGGUGAUGCAGUACAUUAAUACUGCUUCUAAGACAGGAAGUCUUAGAAGUAGCCGACAGAUCUCACCUCAGGAAUUUAUUCAUGAGCUGAAAAUGGGGUAUACUGACGAGAGACUUUUUACCUAUCUAGAGUCACUCCGAGUAUCAUUGACCAGUAAUCCUGUGAGUUGGGUGCAAAGCUUUGGCCAUGAGGGACUAGGAUUAUUACUGGACAUUUUGGAAAAACUGAUUAAUGGGCAAAUGCAAGAAAGAGUUGUAAAGAAGAAUCAGCACAAAGUCAUUCAGUGUCUGAAAGCCCUGAUGAACACACAGUAUGGCUUAGAAAGAAUCAUGAGUGAAGAGAGGAGUCUUUCCUUGUUGGCGAAAGCCAUGGAUCCCAAGCAGCCGGGUAUGAUGGCAGAUGUGGUGAAGCUGCUUUCUGCAGUGUGCAUUGUAGGGGAGGAAAGCAUCCUUGAAGACGUUUUAGAAGCCUUGACUUCAGCUGGAGAAGAAAGAAAAAUUGACAGAUUUUCUUCCAUUGUCGAAGGCCUUCGGCAUAAUUCAGUGCAACUGCAAGUAGCUUGUAUGCAGCUCAUAAAUGCCCUUGUUACAUCUCCUGAUGAUUUGGACUUCAGGCUUCACAUCAGAAAUGAAUUUAUGCGUUGUGGAUUGAAAGAGAUAUUGCCAAACUUAAAGUGUAUUAAGAAUGAUGGCCUGGAUAUACAACUUAAAGUCUUUGAGGAGCACAAAGAAGAAGAUUUGAUUGAGUUCUCCCAUCGCCUUGAUGAUAUUAGAGCUGAAUUUGAUGAAGCAUCUGAUGUUUAUAACAUGGUGUGGGACUCAGUUAAGCAAACUAGAGCAGAGGGAUAUUUUGUUUCUAUUCUUCAGCAUCUUCUGCUCAUUCGAAAUGACCAUUUUAUAAGACAACAGUACUUCAAACUAAUUGACGAGUGUGUAUCACAGAUUGUGUUGCAUAGAGAUGGACUGGAUCCAGACUUCACCUACAGAAAAAGACUAGAUUUGGACUUGAGUCAGUUUGUAGAUGUUUGCAUAGAUCUGGCAAAACUAGAAGAGUUUGAAGAGAAAGCAUCAGAGAAUUGCAAGAAAUUUGAAAAAGAGUGUAGUGACCACCAAGAAACCCAGGCUCAAUUGCAGAAAAAGGAGGCAAAGAUUAAUGAGCUUCAAGCAGAGUUACAAGCUUUUAAAUCCCAGUUUGGUGCCUUGCCACCUGGCACAAAAAUUCCUUUGCAAGCUUCAGUGGAAGGUGACACUAGCCCUUCAGCCCUUCCUCCUGCCCCACCAGCCCUGUGUGGGGGAGUGCCGCCUCCCCCACCUCCUCCCCCGCCUCCUCCCCCGCCUCCCCCACUUCCAGGAAUGGCAAUGCCAUUUGGUGGGCCAGUGCCACCACCACCUCCCCUGGGAUGUCUCAGUGGGCACGGCUCUCUUCCAUUAAACCUGCCAUUUGGGUUGAAACCAAAGAAAGAAUUCAAACCUGAAAUCAGCAUGAGAAGAUUGAAUUGGUUAAAGAUUGGACCAAAUGAAAUGUCUGAAAACUGUUUCUGGAUAAAAGUAAAUGAAAAUAAGUAUGAAAGUACGGAUUUGCUUUGUAAACUGGAGAACACAUUUUGUUGCCAACAAAAAGCAAAAAGGAAUACAAAUGAUUUUGAAGAGAAGAAAGUUAUUAAGAAAAGAAUUAAGGAACUUAAAUUUCUAGAUCCUAAAAUUGCUCAGAACCUUUCAAUCUUCCUGAGCUCCUUCCGGGUGCCUUAUGAGGAAAUCAAGACGAUGAUAUUGGAAGUGGAUGAAACACAGUUGUCAGAGUCUAUGAUUCAGAACUUACUAAAGCAUCUUCCUGAUGAAGAGCAAUUGAAUUCAUUGUCCCAGUUCAGAAGUGACUAUAACAACUUGUGCGUACCUGAGCAGUUUGCUGUUAUGAUGAGCAAUGUGAAGAGACUGCGGCCACGGCUCAGUGCUGUUCUCUUUAAGCUUCAAUUUGAAGAGCAGGUGAACAACAUCAAACCUGACAUCAUGGCUGUCAGUGCUGCCUGCGAGGAGAUCAGGAGGAGCAAAAGCUUUAGCCAGUUGCUGGAACUUGUGUUGCUAAUGGGGAACUUCAUGAAUGCUGGCUCCCGGAACGCUCAAACCUUCGGAUUUGACCUUAGCUCUCUCUGUAAACUAAAGGACAUAAAAUCAGCAGAUCAGAAAACAACACUCCUUCAUUUCCUGGUGGAUAUAUGUGAAGAAAAGCACCCGGAUAUCCUGCACUUUGUCGACGAUUUCGCACAUUUAGACAAAGCUAGUAGAGUCUCUGUAGAAAUGCUGGAAAAGAAUUUGAAGCAGAUGGGAAGGCAGCUUCAACAGCUUGAGAAGGAUUUGGAAACCUUUCCCCCUCCCGAGGACUUGCAUGACAAGUUUUUGAUAAAGAUGUCCAGCUUUGUUAGCAGCGCAAAAGAGCAAUACGAAACACUCUCCAAGCUGCUCAAUAGCAUGACACAGUUGUACCAGAGUACAAUGGAAUACUACGCUGUUGACAUGAAGAAGGUUUCUGUGGAGGAUUUUUUUAAUGACUUGAAUAACUUCAGAACGACAUUCAUGCAAGCGUUAAAGGAAAACAUCAAAAAAAGAGAAGCAGCAGAAAAGGACAAACGUGCAAGAAUAGCUAAAGAGCGAGCAGAGAAAGAACGCCUUGAACGCCAGCUAGAGAAAAAGCGCUUACUAGAAAUGAAAACUGAGGGUGACGAGACAGGAGUGAUGGAUAGUCUGCUGGAGGCCUUGCAGUCAGGGGCUGCCUUCCGCGACAGAAGGAAAAGGACACCGAAGCCGAAAGCAGAUAUUCGACAGAGUCUCAGUCCAAUGUCUCAGAGGCCUGUUCUCAAAGUUUGUAACCAUGAAAACCAGAAAGUGCAGUUGACAGAAGGGUCACGUCCACACCACAGUAUCAAUGGCAACUCCACCAGGACUCCAGUCGCCAAGGAGCUUAAUUAUAAUCUAGACACUCAUAAGUCUACAGGGAGGAUCAAGGCAGUUGAGAAGGAAGCCUGUAAUACAGAAAGCAACAGAAAAAAGGAAAUGGAACUUCUUGGCUCUGUUUCUAAAAGCGAAUCCGUCCCUGAAGUUGAAGCCCUGCUGGCAAGAUUACGAGCUUUAUAAAUUAAACUGGUUAAAAAAAUGAUUAAGCCAAGCACAAAGCCAUGCUUUCAGCUGUAACACUUGAAAAGUUGCUUUUAUGUGACUUUAUAUAGUUUUAAAUUAUGAUAUAUAUUAGAGGAAUAAAGCUAAAUACAUGAUUGCAAUGCUUUUCUAUGUACUUGAAGUUUUGGCUUAUUCAAGAUUGUAAUGGGCUUUAAUGCUUUUUUUGUGUCCUGAUACUUACCUAUUCUGUAUUUGCUGGUUAAAUUAUACAAUUGCUUUAGAGAGCAAGGAGGCAGCCAUGUGUUCAACAGUAUGUCUUUAAGACAAUGACAUCCUUCUAAGCCUUAAUGUUUACCAUUUCAACAUUAAUGUAAGAUCAUUAAGGUGAAGACUUGGUGUCUGUCCAUAUAUAUUCCAUAUUUGCUAUCUGUAUAGCCCAAAUGUUUUCAGUAUAGCAUCAAAAACAUGUAACUGUGUUAUCAAGUGUAGUGACCAGUACACUCAUUAUCAUCAGUGUUGGUUCAUAAUAACUCAACACUGGAAGGCAUCUGAGCACAUUUCCAAAAAGGGUACAGUAGAAAUAUAUGCACUUUCUUUGCAAAAUGCACGUACCUUUUGCAAAGUAGAAAUAUAAAGUUGGAAUGUACGCAGUAUCACAGUACUACCCCAAACUCUUGGUCUUAGCCAAGAGAAUACUUUUACCCUCGCUAAUUAUGGCUCUGGAAUAAAAUUACCAUUCUGAAAUUUCCCAAGAAAUAAAUUUUUAUUUUGAAUAAUCUCAGGAUUUCUUUAAGUUGACAAUCAAUAAUUGCAACAAUAAUCUGAGUGUUUCAAGGAAAGUUUCCAUAUGCAAAUGUUUGGAUUGUACCUCAUUGUCGUUGUUCCUUUGUUAAUUCCUUAUAACAGAAAAUAAACUUGCUGCUUGCACUAAAAAAAAA